AUGGAGUUUGACAUGACGGCUCUCGACGUACACACAAACGGAAUGAACGACAUGUUGGACGGCUUUGAAGCCUUCGAUGCGACUGGCGACAUGGCUAGCAAGACUGCGCUCGUCGAUGACGAAGGCUUCGGCAACAACGACGUGGCCGUGCUACCCGACGCUCCCGCCGAUGGCUCGGAGGGAUCCAGCGAUGACGUCGACUUGUCAGCACUCAGUGUGUUUGCCCCGCCAACAUCCGAAGCUCGACAAGACGAUGUGCUAGAGGACGAGUGCGACACACUCAUGAAAUCCGUCGUGCACGACGUUUCGAACACACCGGUGGCGUCAGAGGACGAAGACGAUGACUACGAGGCGUUGGCAGCGUUGCUGGCCCCUCCCAUCGAGAGCGCGCCUGCAUCACCCGUGGCCGAUCUGGACUUGUGCAUGUGGUCUGGCAGCAGCCACCCAGCGUCCGAAAGGUCCCACGCCAUCGGCGACGAUGUCCUCAAGACGGUUCUGGAGACAAUGCAAGAUAUCAAGCUGCAACUGGCCGCACUCACUUCCUUGUCGACACCGAGCUGCUCGGCAUGCGCAAGCCCCGUCAAGCCAUCACCGCCACUUCUGGUAGAGCGUACCGACCCGGCAACGGAUGUCGUACCUGUGCAGCUCAAUCUGACGGAGCAGCCGGAUGCGGGUAAAGCGUCAACUGAUCCAGAGAAGGCGACGACGCUACCUGGAGACAGCGCGCCACACGACGCCACGCCGGUGGUGCCUGCGGUAGUGCGAGAGAAGAUGGUUGCUGACACACUGCAGCCAUCGAAAGAGCACGUCUACAUCGAGACAACUGGCGCAAUUGAGGCCGAGCCGUCGCCGAAGCGACCGCCAAGCUCGUCGUCCGACGGCUUGCGAAAAAGAUCGUUGCGCUGGAGACUCCGGCGUCUUCAGAGGCCCACGCCGAUGUCUCGACUCCAGCUUCCAAAGAUGUGUGCACACCGCAGACGCCGACGCUGUCCAUUGCAGACCAGCUCUCGCGUCUGGUACAGCGUUUGGAUGAGCCACUGCCACGGUUGCCCACACGUCGUGCGUCCGAGGACUUGGCUGCCGAGAUUGCACGGCUGA